AUGAGUGCAGGCCGAGGUGGGGCGCAACCGCUUCUCAUCAGUUCGGAAGAGCGAAGGCCUGUUGGGAUCAAAAAUCUUCCCAUCGAGAUCAUUCACCGGAUCUUGGUCUAUUCCCGCUCUUCCGCAUUCCCAGUCACCAGUCGGUUCUUUCGCCAAGUCUGCAGCAGCGCAGCCACCAUUGACAAAGCCGACUACAUUCUCGGACGCUGGAUUGACCACUUUAUUGCCGUCGCGGCAUCAGAACCAUGCCGCCAACGCAAGCACAGAGAUUGUGCUAGCCUCGCCAGUCGCCUGGCCACAUUCGACCGCGACGGCACUCCGUUCAAGCCGACAGAUUGCAAUCUGUCUCUGAUCAGUACGCACCAUCUGGAUGUGCUCACCUUUGCUGCCGAGUUUGGCAUCGCCACCGUGCCGAUGUUGGAGCAAGUGGUGGAUCGCGCCGAGGGAUGGCUGACGCAGAUCACUGAUCUCGACUUGGCACUACCGUCGCGUGACAAUCUCCCACGCUUCCCUCCACUGAAUCGAUCGGAGACGGACGAUCCCAUCAGAGCGGGAUUCGAUUACAAACAUGCUGUAGCCGAAGUGCUGGCGAUCAGACCCCAAUUGCCCAAGAGGAUCUUCCGCCACAUCGACCACUUUGGCUACAAAGACGACUUCAUGGACGUAGCCAACGACACAGCAGAGUCGGCGAGCGGGUCUCGACCGAGCAAGAAAAGGAAGCGCUGCGAUCAAUCUUCGUCUAUCGCAAGGGAUCAGGCGGAGGAGGACGCAAGAUUCCCAAUCUGGAUGUCGAAGCUGAUAAGGAUGUUGGCUAACGCAUACUGGAGGCUCGACACUGAGCCGCAGGGCGAGCACCUCAAAGCCAAGGUAGGACCUGUGCCGAGCGCAGAGGAUCUCCACACGCUCCUUUUCUUGCUUCACGUUCACGGCGCAGAUGCAUCGUCGCACGAUGGAUUUGGUAUGGCCAUGGCGGCGCAACGUCGCGCUUUUGCUCUCGCAAGUCUUCUGCUCGUCUUCAAAGCGGAUGUAAAUCGCAAAGAUGGGUUCGCCGCCAGAAUAGCCAUCCGCAACGGAUCCCGCGAUUUCUUGGAUCUGCUCGUAAGCGGAGCACGGCCCGAUGAUGAGCUUCGACGUGCCCUGGCCGUCACAGAGAUCCCGCUACCAGGUUAUUGGAUUUCUGAUCCCGAGCUGCUCAAGCUGGACCAGUCCUGGCUCGAGCUCGCCAUCCGCCAUCAGCAAUGGGACGUCGUCAACUACAUCUGGUACGAGCAAGGUGUCGCUCCUAACGGCAAAUGUCUCAGACUCAUCGAACGCUUUCAAUCGUCAUAG